AUGAGGCGACUCGCCCGUCGCGCCUCUCCCGCCCUCGCGGGGAAGAAGCUCUGGGGGACGAGGUGCGUCUCCAGUGAUGGGGACGCCGCGCUAAACCAGAAGGAGCUGCGGCAACUCGUUAAGGUGCUCGAGGAUGACCCAAAGCUCUUGAUUGAUUUGGUUGGACGGCUAGACGCACAGAGCAGGCGGCGCCUGGUUGUGGCCGGGGGGGCCAUGGAGUGGUUUGGGAAAGAGAGUGCCGCGUCGGAGGUGGAGCGGGCGGAUGCCGACAAGGACCUCCGCAUCUCCCCCAAGGACUUUGAUCAUUGGAUAGAGAGCGCUUUGCGUAGACGACUACGCGGGAGCUCGCCGCAGCAGCCAGACAACCCCGCCGCGGCUGGGGAGGAGAUGCAGGUGCCGUUCCUCACCUUGGUGUGGAUAGCAUUUGGGGCAGGCCUACCAUUUGUGGGGUUUGGUUUCCUUGAUAAUGCCAUAAUGAUACUCGCAGGAGACGCAAUCGACAGCACCCUUGGACUUUAUCUCAACUGCUCCGUGAUGGCGUGUGCCGCUAUGGGCAACAUCUUCUCGGGGGUUCUGGGAAUGCAGGUCCACGGCGUGAUUGACAAGGCCGUGCAGAAGUUGAACUUCAACACCCCUGUUCUGACGGAGGGCCAAAUGAAGGGUCAGCGGGUGUUUUUGGCCGGCCACAUUGGCGGAACUUUGGGCAUCAUGACAGGUUUGUUUCUUGGCAUGUUUCCGCUGCUGUUGCUCGACAGCGGUGAGGGCAAGGCCGACCACGCCUUGUUCCACCGCUGGGACAAGGAUGGCAACGGAUACCUGGAGAUGAUAGAGCUCAAGAAGGAGCUGGCGAACCUUGGCCUGUCAGAAAGCGCCGCCGAGCUGCUUAUGGAAAAGUACGGACGGGACGGUCGGCUCGACUUCAAACAGUUUCAGAAAAUACGCAAUGAUGUACGAAAAGGCGAGACCGUCUUUGCAUGA